AUGUUAGAUCCUCUCACAGCCCUCAGCACGGCAUCCGCCGUGGUUCAGCUAGUUGACUUUGGCAUGAGGAUCCUGGCCGACGCUCAAGAAUUGUACACCGAAGGCAACCUGGUAACACUCAAGGAAGUGAAAACAAUGACAGAGGACCUUGUACACGUCAAUCAUUUGUUAGUCCAUCGACCGGAACCGCAUGGUAAUCAAGAAAAUCCCUUGUCCGAUGCAGAGAAGGCACUGGAUAAGCUAGCCGCCGAGUGCAGUGAUGCCGCGGGAGAGCUUAUCACCUGUCUUCAGUCUUUGGAAACAACAGCCAAAGGUGGACGCUGGCAGAGCUUCUACCAGGCAGUUCGGAGUCGAUGGCAUGCCAACCAGAUCAUAGCCAUGGAGAAGAGGAUCGGUUCCUUCCGUGAACAGCUCAUUUAUCGUGUCCUGGCCGUACUCAAUACCAAAACCAUUCUGCAAUCGGCGCAUCAAGACGAACGGUUUGAUCGACUGGACCAGUCACAUGCCAGGGUGAUUGAUGUCGUUACCAUUAACCGGCAGUUGCUGCAGUCAAGUUUGGGCACCGAAAUGGACGGUGUUUCUCGUAUGAUUUCGCAAAAUGAAGAGACUGCGAAGGUCCGUCACAAUGAGACCAUUGCGGCAAUUCUCAGGCUCCAGGAUGGAAGCUCGAAAGUGAUUACGGGUGCACAAGCCAAUGGUCCUUCCAGUAUUCCGGCACGCGAAACGAUAAUGAUGCUCCAAAAGCCGGAGAUGCACGAAGUGGAUUUCCAUGUUCAGGAUUUAAAAGUGGUUCAGUCGAGAGUUCUCGACUGUCUUCAUUUCCGACAAAUUGACCACCGUUAUAAUACAGUUCUCGAUGCUUAUCGUGAUACGUAUCAAUGGAUCUAUAACAGCCCGGAGAUGGAUCAAAAGCCCUGGAGUAAUUUUGUCGAAUGGCUGGAGCGAGGUCACGGCUGCUACUGGAUCAAUGGAAAGGCAGGGUCAGGAAAGUCCACACUCAUGAAGUUCAUCCACGGUCAUCGACAGACGAGGAGAUCCCUCUCGAUGUGGGCCAGUAACCACGAAUUGGUAGUCCCCUCAUAUUUCCUAAGCAACCUGGGCAACUCGCUGCAGAAAUCUCCCAGCGGCCUCAUACGAUCUUUGCUCUUCGACGUCCUUGGAGCACAUCCCCAUCUGAUCCCGUUGGUGAUGCCGGGCCUGUGCCGGGCCGCAGCAAAGCUGGAACCCAGAGAAAAGCUCUCCGAGCCUACAUUCAAUGAACUUGUGAAAGCGUUUCAAGAUCUGAUCCGGAAUUGGAGCGAAAAUCUCCGUAUCUGCUUCUUGAUCGACGGCGUCGAUGAAUGCGGAACAGAUUACUCUGAAAUCCUCGACCUGAUAGCCUCUGUAUCUGAGUCAAGACAUAUCAAGAUAGUGGUGUCCAGUCGUCCCAUUACACCCUGUGUUGCAGCCUUCUCUAGCUUCGCAAGCCUUCGACUGCAAGAUCUCACGCACAACGACAUCAAGCUUUACGUCGAGAAUAAACUGAAACGGCAGCUGGAAAGCCGGGUUAAAGCACAAGCAGAUACAUUGAUACUGGAAAUCGUCGAGAGAGCAUCGGGUGUGUUUCUGUGGAUUGUGCUAGUGGUAAAGUCCCUCAUUCUUGGGGUACAAAGCAUGGACCGCAUCGAAGACUUGCAACGACGGGUCGACGAGCUCCCGGCCGAUCUGAUGGAACUGUAUUCACACAUGCUGGGGAAUAUAACGCCACUCUACAAACAACAAGCAUCGCAGAUAUUUCAACUGAUCCUGAACAGCGUGGGGGUGGAUAGCGGCGAGGAAAUUACCACUCUCCAGCUGUCUUUCGCGGAUCAAAGUCCUUCCGUAGCAAAGACUGCUCUGAUUCAGGAGAUCUCUCCUGCAGAAGAGUCCAAACGUCUAAAGGAAAUGGAUGGCCGCAUUCGAAGUCGAUGCUGUGGGCUCCUAGAGAUUAGGGACCGGAAGUAUUCUGGAGGUAUAAUUAAGACUAUCCGUCGACCGACUGUCGCGUUUCUGCACCGAACAGUCUUCGAGUUCUUGACUGAACAGAUUGACCCGAAUGAUUGGUUAGGACUGACUACUGUAACCCCUGAGUUUGAUGCCCACCUAUCGCUGGCAUCAUCAUGUGUCUUACUGGCCAAGUCUCUGCCUCAGCAACGGGUAAUAGACCACGAUUCUCUGCCAUGGCAGAGUAUACGGCAUUGCUUGCACUACUGCUCCAUGGUCGAACAGCAACAUGCCAUCACCACGCAGCUACUAGACGAGCUAGAUCGCACUGUGUCUCAUCAAUUUUCCAAGGUGUGGGUUCCAGGAAAGCAGACUGGUGAAAGUAAUUUUUGGGCUGCUGCACCUCCCUUCGGCGAACAUUUACCCAUCCACGAUCGCCCCGAUUCCUUCCUAUCGCUGUCAGUCACUUGGGGUCUUUCCUUUUAUUUGCAAGAUAAAAUUGAUAAUACCGACUACGACAUGAAAGUACUGGAAAGACUUCUUCAUAUUGCCGUGUCCAGUUUCAUUUGCGCCUGGUCCGAUCUUUCUUCCUCCUCUCACCACUUCUCAUCGUCGGCACGUGUGCGAACCAGGGGCUACGCAAGGCUUGUUUCAACUAUCCUGGCGGUUGGAGUAAGUCCAAACACGAAGACAGUCGAUCCCGAUAGCCAAACCCCAUGGGAGGCCCUCCUAAACUAUCUGCAACAUCGACUAGUCUCCGACCGCAGUGCAUUUGUCCUGGAUUUUGGCCAGGAUGGAGGAGGUUAUUCAAAAACCCUUCUUGACUUGAUCGUUGUCAUGGUGUUAUCAGCGGCAGAUCCCAACGCCAGCAUCGCAUGGAAAAAACGGUCCUACCGUGGCGUUGAGCAUGUGACGGAAUUCCGGCGGUCUGCACAGCGCGUUAUUGAGCUUCUGCCGUCCGACGAGAUGGAUGAUUUUUCACAAGACAGAACUCGACGCGCGGUCGCUCUGGAUUAUCGUAAGAUUAUAGAGUACCGAACGCGACUGAUCAGUAUGCUCAGUGAGCGUGGUGCUCGAUCUGAGGAUUGGACAACGGACUCUUUGUCAAAAGGGGUGGGAAAUACUGUAGCCAGUCGUAUGAAUGCCGAAUGCAUUGAAUUGCAGAGUGACAAAAGGAGCCAUCGGCCGUGGAAACGAAUGGUGCGAGCAUUCCGAAGAUCAAAGGUAACAUAG